AUGGGAGCCCCCGAGAUCGAAAAGGUCACGCUCGGCGACUCGCCCCGGAGCAAGUCCCCGACUUCCGUCGAGGCUAAGGAGGCGCAACCAGCCGUGGCUGAGCUCGUGCAAGAUGAACCGAAGCUCACAUGGAGGUCAUAUGUCUGGGAUACACUGGACAAGUCUCCAGAAGAGCGCAAGUUUAUGUUUAAGCUGGAUGCCGUCAUCCUGACAUUUGCAAGUCUAGGUUACUUCAUCAAGAACCUUGACCAGAUCAACAUCAACAAUGCUUUUGUAUCUGGCAUGAAGGAAGACAUGAAGCUCUUCGGCAAUGAGUUGAACUACAUGCAAGCCUGCUGGACCGUUGGAUACGUUAUUGGCGAGAUCCCUAGCAAUAUCCUCCUUACUCGUGUCCGACCGUCUAUCUGGAUUCCUGCCUGCGAAUGCACUUGGGCUAUACUCACCAUCUUGAUGAUCAAGUGUACCAAUGUUACUCAAUUAUACGUCCUCCGAUUCUUCAUUGGUCUCGCCGAAAGCACAUUUUAUCCCGGCAUGCAGUAUAUCAUCGGAUGCUGGUAUCGGAAGGACGAACUUGCCAAGAGAUCAUGCAUCUUUCACUCCAGCGGCUCCAUUGGUUCCAUGUUCUCAGGCUACCUAAUGGCAGCCGUGUACAACCUCGGCGGAGUCCAUGGGUGGAAAGGCUGGCAGUGGCUUUUCAUCGUAGACACUAUUAUUUCGUUGCCGAUUGCAAUCGCUGGGUUCUUCUUCCUCCCCGACGUCCCCGAAAUCACCAAGGCCUGGUGGCUGUCGAAAGACGACAUCGUUAUGGCCCAGAAACGCAUGCAGCUCGAAGGACGCGCGAAUCGACAGCCGUACACGAAGUCAAAGAUCAAGAAGAUUCUUACAAGUUGGCACAUUUAUGCGCUGACGCUGCUGUACAUCUUCUUCAACAAUGGCAGCGGUAUCAUGAGCCAGCCCGCGUUCCAACUGUGGCUCAAGGGCGAAGGCUACAGUGUCAAGGACUACAACACGUACCCCACGAUCACAUCCGCCAUUACCGUGGUGACGACAUGGAUCUACGCCUGGUCCUCUGACUCCGUCUUCAAGGGGGAGAGAUGGCCUCCAAUUGUCUUCUCCGGAGUCCUGAAUAUUGUCGUUUACUCAAGCUUAGCGGCUUGGAAUAUUCCUGACGCGUGGAAAUGGGGCUGCUUCCUGCUUGUCGGGUUUGGCGGUGGCAUUAGUGGGUUGACAUUCGCCUGGGCCCACGAGAUUUGCAAAGACGACAACGAGGAGCGAGCGCUGGUGACCGGUUCCAUGAACCAGAUGGCGUACGUGAUCCAGGCGUGGUUGCCGCUUCUCAUCUGGCAGCAAGUGGAGGCGCCCAGAUACCCAAAGGCCUACAUCACCAUGGUCUUCUUUGCAGCAGGUAUGGCGGGGACUUCUUUGCUCAUCAAAUAUCUGCAUCGUCGCGAAUUGGGAAAGAAGGCACUGGGGGUUGCUGCUUGA